AUGAUGCCGGGCCCUGGUUCUCUCUCGAAGACGCCAUUCAGCUUGACCACCGCCGAAAUGCGCCUGCUCGCUUUUGCGUACGCCUAUGUGGAUGAACACGGCAAGCACGAUUACAAUAAGAUUGCUGAAAUCGCCAACAUUGGUGUGAACAGUGUUCGCAGUGGGCUCCGAAAGGCUAAGGCAAAGAUUCUCAAGGCCCUCGGAGAUUACCACCCUUCGAAGUCCGGUCCCAAGCCUAAGCGUCGGUCCGUUUCCGACGACGACAACACGUCUCAGGCCCUCGUCCCGUGUGACGACUCCGAAGAGGUCCAGGCUUAA